AUGACUGAACAAGCGUCCGGUUUUCAAAGGUCCAUGUUCUUUUUUGGCUAUGGCUCUCUAUUGUGGAAUCCGGGAUUUUCCUUUGCCCACAAAGCGAAGGGCUACGCUCAUGGUUUUGCUCGUAGAAUGUUUCAAGGAAACACCUAUCAUCGUGGAGAUCGUCAAAAGCCAGGACGGGUUGCGACACUCGUUCAAGAUGAGGAUUCAUUCGUUACAGGAAUAGUGUACGAGGUAGUAGGGGAGGAGAAUAUUCAUCAGGCAUUCAGCCAUCUCUGGGAAAGAGAAAUCAAAAAUGGCUACGACUUUAUAGAGAUUAUGGUGGAACUGGCAGAAUCUGGAGAUCUAGUUCGUGUCUGGACCUGCAUAGCACAUCUGGAUAACGAGUUUUAUCUCGGAGAAGCGGACAUCGAGCAGAUGGCCGGAGAGAUUCGGCAUGCUAAGGGGUGCGCUGGACCGAAUUUCGAGUACGUUCUGAAAUUGGCAGAGGAAGUGCGACUGUUGUUUCCUGAUGAAGAUGAUGAACAUCUCUUUGAACUGGAAAGUCGGGUGCGUAAUCUAAUAUCGAUUUAA